ACGAGUGUUUGGUUAUUACUUCUAGAACGCAUCAUUUCACAGGAGAAUUUCGACAUUCGCCUUGUGUUUUUUUACACUUGUGCUUUUUCUGUUUAAUAUCUUUUAAUGACACUUUGAGGUAACUCAUCCGGUGUCACUGAGCAAAAACGGAACGGAAUUAUUUUAUUUAUCGGGCAAACCCUCAGUUAAGGGUUUAAAUGUACAAUGAUUCAAUAUGACGAACAGAAGCUGAAGGCAGUUGAGCUAAUCGAGGGUUUUUCUCAACAACUCUAAUUUGCUCUAAACAACUAUUUUAUUCCAGUUUAUUUUGCUGUAUUUAAUGGUAUUAAGGCUGUUUGAGAUUACUGGUUUCCGAUUAGUAAGUGGUAGCUAUUGCUGUUAGCUAUAAAAUUGAGCUUUGAACGGCGUGAGUGAUUAUGGAUUUCGACAAUGUGCUGUCCAUCGCCUCCCAAAAUCAAGGGCUCAGCAGCGUACCGAAACGGUAUAGCUUGAAAACUGGUCCACCAAAGAAAGAUGUCAAAGUGAAAGGGGUUAAUUCAGCUGCAGUGCAAGCCUUCUUGAAGAAGCAAGCCAUAGAGCAAAAGAAAAAAGAACUACAGAAUAAGAAGGUGAAAGAAGAGCUACUUGCCAAAAGAGUUGAACUAAAAUCAGACAGGAAGGCGCGGGCAAUGGCUUCACGAACCAAGGACAAUUUCAAAGGUUACAAUGGCAUCCCUGUCAUAGAUCAGCCUAAAAAGAGGCAGUCGAAGGCAGACAGAGGUGAGGAGCAGCAGACAACUGAUAUGUAUGAUGAGGAGGAGGACAAUUAUGACUAUGAGUGUUCAGAUUCUGAAUCUGAUGAACAAAGCAGCCUGGUUAAGGCUCCGUCUAGAGAUGAUGCCCCAAACAAAGUCGACAUCAAACAGAAAAAACCCAGUGCGCCAGCUAGACCUGCCCCGCCACCCAUGAACUUUGCGGACCUCUUGAAACUUGCUCAAAAAAAGCAGUUCGAACCUGUUGAACUGAAACCAGUGAAGAAGACAACGGAGGAGAGGCUUAGAACAGCGGAAGAGAUUCGAGAACUCGAAAUGGAGCGCAAAGUUAAGAAACAGGAUAGAGGGUGGGAGACCAAACCAGACAAGAAUUCAGGACCGAAAGACAGCAGAACGCAAUCCAGCUCAAAUUCCCAAAAGAAAAAUGUCGACAGAGAUGGAAAGUUGCCCAAGACAUCAAUGGAUAAGCAUUCCUCUAGCAGUACCAACAAAAAGCCAAAGACCCAAACACCCAGUGAAAGAACUCAUGGUUCUGCCAAACUACAUGGAGACAUAGCCAGCUCAGGCUCAUCUGGUGCCUUAAAUGGUAAAUCUGCCAUAAAGAACAGUACUUCAUUACAGGCUAAACAAGCACCAGCCAGACCCUCACAGGGCCAGAGGCCUACAACCUCAAGUGACCUUACCUCAAAGAAGGGGAAUACCUCAAUACCUCAAGGGAAGUCAAGUAUUUCUGGUAGUCAUACUGGAGCUCCUGAUGUGGCUAGAUCAUCGGGUCAAGGAACACACAGAAGCUCGUGGCAGGUUAGACCUGGCCAGAGUAACUCUGAUAGGGGAGGCCAUCCUCAGAAACCAGGAAAACCAGGAAAUUUAGCUCGAUCUGGAAGUGGUGCUCCACCUCGGCCUGGUAGCAAUGGAAUUUUACGCCCCUCUUCUGAUGACCCUUUAAGGCAACCAAGACCAGGUGGUAGUUUGCAGGGUCAGCAACUUCCUGGAGGCUCUAGGGCCUCUAUAAACGGACCAAGCAAGAUGGGAGGUGGUGUUUCUGGGAGGCCAGUAAACAGCAUGGGUUCAGGCCCUGGAAGACCUCAGUGCACUGUUGUUUCAGAGACCAUUUUAUCAAAGAAUUUGGCACCAAGACCUGGGAUGACUCCAAGGCCUCCAGGACCUCAAGGCCCCAGGACCGCAGUUGGCCCCACCGGCCAUAGACUUUUGGUUAGGCCUUCUGGACCAGCACUGCCCCCAAUAACAUCAAGCUAUAAACGGAAGUAUGAGGAAGAGGAAGAGUAUGACUCGGAAAUGGAUGACUUCAUCGACGAUGAAGAACAAGAUCAAGAUGAAAUUUCAAAACAUAUCAGGGAAAUCUUUGGCUAUGACAGGAACAAAUAUAAAGAUGAAAGCGACUAUGCACUGAAGUUUAUGGAGAGCAGUUGGAAAGAACAGCAAAAAGAGGAAGCUAGGAGCCUGCGAAUGGCAGUGUUUGAAGACCAGGAGGAGGAGAGACGAGAACUCGAGGAGAUGCAGCGGAAGAAUGCCAAGAAGAGAAAACUGACAUGAUUGUGUUUUGACCACUUUUCUCUCCCUUUGCGCAAAGGACCGGUGACCAUUCCAUUCCUUAAUGACAUCUUGUUGUUUUUGUUUCUCUGCCUCAGUUUACGCCUGGGAAUCAAAGAGGAUGAAGAAGACUUGCUUAUGGAGGAGGAGGAGAUGAAAAGAAAACUAGCAAUGAAAGCAAAGUGGAAAAAGAUUUAGUUGGAUUUGAUUUCAUUGACUUUGAUGUAGUCUCAUUGAAGUGGAUGGGGUUGGAGUGGAAAGGAAAUUUCUUGCUUUCCUUGUGCCGUUGACAUUUGUUACACUUAUUUAUUUGAAUGCCCAAGCCAUGGAGCAGGUUUGCACGGUCAAGAGCCCAUCUGACGUACCUGAGAUUCGGAGAAAAUAAUAUAUGAAACUAAAAUCUGAGAAUCAUAACGCCAAUUUUUAUAUCAGUAGAAAUAAUGACUGUCUAUUAAUGUGGAUGCCUUGCAUCUCAAGCACCAACAGGCUUUGAAAUUUGUCCUAGAAUUUUUAUUAUUUGUACCAUUUAAUUGGUAAGACAGAAACUGCUAUUUCUUCCUAUGUAUUUAGUGACAUUUCACAAAUUGUUCUUGUAAGGUAAAUGACAUCACACAAUUUCAAGUUUAUCUUGCUUCAUCUAGCUAGACAACUCUUAGUCCACUAACAAAAAAAGUACAAUGGUAACCUAGUAAUGCCAUGUUUUUGGGCUUGUAAUGUGGUAAUGUCAUGUUUUUUAUGUAUAAUAGUAUAAUUGUGGCCUUUGAAGAAAUUUGAAAAGCAGUUUAAAUAACGUGGCAUAUGAAGUUACUGUAUAGUCACUCAUGGUACAUAAUAUCACCUGAUGCCAUCACAAUAUAAUUAUAAACACUAUUAGUCUGCAUUUAAAAUGCCUUGGUUUGAUGUUCUCUGAGGCAUACGGUUGAUACAGAAGACUAGUUUCGAUAAAAAAAAAAAAAAAAGUUUUUGGACAGUUGCAUUACCAACGUAUUUUUAAAAGAAAUGUACAAAGUUGCCUUUCGAAGCGUAUUCCGCCAAGACCCGCCUUUGACCUUAUCACUGUUGCUAUGAUUGGUGCCGCUAUAUGAGUGACACCUCAACUGUCCAUUCGCACUCCGCUGGUUAGUUGCUAAUAGCCAGUCCUGCCGCAAGAGGCGGGGCUUCUUGAAGGAUGGGUGGAAAAUGUCUCCGGUUACUCAUGUAACCUCUGUUCCCUUAGAUGAAGGGAAUGAGACAUUGCAAUGAACGCUAUGGGGAAAUUCCUUUUCCACAACCUAGUGGAAGACCUUGUGUCAUAAUGCCAAUCUUAGGAUUGGCAAUGAUGUUUGAGCCCUGCCUCUUUAGGUGCACAUUUUUAUGCCAAUAAAUACCUUUAUGCCAAUAGGGCAUCUAAUGCCCUGUGACUCAUAAAUGAGGGCAAUCGCAUCAACGAUCCAGUGAGAGAGCCUAUGUUUGGAGACGGGCCUUUUGUGCAUCCUCCAUAACAAUCGAAGAGCUGACCUGACAGUCUAAACUGGCGACAUGAUAUGGUCGACAUAGACCUUAAGCAUUGACGGAGUAAGACCUGUGUCCAACCGCACUUCAAGGAAUGUAAGGAUCUCCAUUAUGGAGCAAUUCACUGGGUCUUUGCUGCGUGAAGAGCACCAAUCCGCAAACACGCCAUUUUAGUGCAUAGAGACGUCUCUUAGACAGUGCUCUAGCCUGCAAAAUGGUGUUCAUUACAGACUGAGCCAGUUCGGGCUCGUUUGCUGUGCUCCGUUCAGGGGCCAUACGUGUAGGUUCCACAGCUCCAGCUGGGGAUGUCAAAUUGUGCCCUGCGCUUGAGAGAGCAGAUCCCUCCUCAGCGGUAUUUCCCAUGGAGGGCCGCCUAAUAUCUCCAUUUCUGGAAACCAUGGCUGGUUGGGCCAUUUUGGUGCAACCAACAGAACCGUUUCCUUGUCCUCUCGGACUUUGCUGAUGACAGAGUGGAGACAUACCGGGGGAAAUGCAUAUUUGCGUUUCGUCGGCCACUUGUGCGGCAUCUUCGGAACGCAGCUAUUUUUUUAUGUAAACAAGCCAUAAAUGUACAGCUUCGAUCCAUUUUAAUGGGGGAAAAACUGAAAUCUCCAAAAUGGUUGGUCAGGAUUGCAAUCAAAGAACAUAUUUAAAAUCAGCAGUAAGGCAACAAUGGUUUCAUAAAUUGUUCUUUAGCCCAGAUCGCGCCAAAAAAAUAAAAUAAAA